GUGAGCUCGGAGCUUGAAACGGUUCAGGGUCAAGGUCACAGAGCAUGGCUAAAAGGGGUGGGAGUGUUCCUGUCACUGAAGAUGAGGAGGAUAUUUACGAUCCUAAAAACAGGGGAUUUUGUCGUGCAUGUGUUGACUUGUCACAUUUCGGUCUGACAAAACGAAAGGAAGUCGUAUCUAAACCGAGUGUAGAAUGUCCACCGGAUAAAAUUGAACUUGGAAAAGCAACAUGGACUUUUUUGCAUACAAUGGCAGCAUAUUAUCCUAUUAAACCAACAAUAAAACAACAAGAAGAUAUGAAAAAAUUUCUAUCAAUCUUUCCUCAUUUCUUUCCUUGUCGACCGUGUGCAUUUGAUUUUGAGUCUAAUCUCAUUUUGCAUCCACCGAAAUUGGAAAGUCGACAUGCAUUCAGUGGAUGGUUAUGUAUGCAACAUAAUUUAGUCAAUAAGAAACUUGGUAAACCAUUAUUCGAUUGUACUUAUGUAUUGGAAAGAUGGCGAUAUGGUUGGAAAGAUAAUGAUGAUUGUAGACUACCGGAUCAACAAGAAUCAUAAAAUGCUUUAUGAUUAGUAAAUUUUGUAAAAAAAUAGUUCAUAUCUUUUGCAAUUUGCGCAGGUGUGUAUUAUUAUUCAUUCUGUGUGUUCUCUCUCUCGAAUCUUCAUCACUUUUAUCUUUUUCUGUUUAAGUUUAUUUCACUAACCUUAAAAUUUCCGAUUACUACUAAUACUUUUACUAUCUCUACUACUAUGCGAUUCGAGCUGACAAUUCCAUCUGUCUGUGCCAAUAUGUGUCAAAUGGCAACUUGAACUGAUGUAUGUACUGACUGAUUGAUCGUGUCUAUGUGUUUAGUUACUUUUUAGGUUAAUAAUCAUUGUUUUCCCAUUCUUUCUCUCUACAAUUUUUAUCUCUUUUUUACCGAUGUUUAUUUUGUAGUAUUUCCCUGCUGUUGCUGUUGCUACUGAUAAAUAAUUAUGAGUAGUUUAAAAAAAAGUGUACACCACUCAUGGUGUGUAUAGAAGAAGAGUUGGAAUUUGUUUUAUUGAUGCUUUUUUGUUAUAUAUUUGAAAAAAAAAACUAGAAAAAUGCAUUUUAGCUUACUUAAUUACUU